AUGUGCUUUCGACUCGUUUCUGCACUGCGGGAGGGCGCGGGCGCGGGCUGUCGAGCGUCGAUAUACGAUAGUAGAGAGCGCCCAAGCUAUAGGAUUCGCGCACGGCGGCGGCAGCUGUGUCUCUGGGGCGAGCGCCGAGCUGUGUGCAGUGUGUUUUUGCGGAGCCUCUCGCCGAUUGUAUUGUAUUUCCACGACUGCGUCUAA